CCACCAGACUCUCCUCCCCCAGGCCGCCCCCUUUUCUCUCUCAGUCCCCGGUACCUUUAAGCUUGGCCUACGUGGCAGCCCUAGCAGUGAUCAGCUGCUGUCGGAGGAGGGGCCGAAUACACACGCUGGGCUAGGCCUCACGUCAUUACCACAGUGCCGGGGACUUGAGUAGCUACAGUGCCGGGAACAGCCUCUCCAUGGCCAGCAACAACAUCAUGGGAAACGCCGAGGACUUUGUGGAUCAGGUUGCAUCGGUUAGUUCCUUCUGACCACUCAUUUCCUUAGAGUUACAAAACAGUAUCUUCCCCACGUGGCACGACUGUGUCUCAUCAGUACCUUCCUAGAGGACGGAAUCCGAAUGUGGUUUCAGUGGAACGAGCAGAGAGACUACAUUGAUGCAACCUGGAACUGCGGGUAUCUGCUUGCAACUAUAUUUGUCCUCCUCAACUUGCUGGGACAACUAGGUGGUUGUAUAUUGGUCCUUAGUAGAAACUUUGUACAGUAUGCGUGUUUUGGGUUGUUUGGAAUUAUAGCAAUGCAGACUAUCGCAUACAGUAUCCUGUGGGACCUGAAAUUCCUGAUGAGGAACCUGGCACUUGGGGGAGGUCUCUUGCUCCUUCUGGCGGAGUCUCGGUCAGAAGGUAAAAGUAUGUUUGCUGGGGUCCCCACUAUGGGCGAGAGCUCUCCGAAGCAGUACAUGCAACUAGGGGGCCGCGUACUGCUCGUUCUCAUGUUCAUGACGUUGCUUCAUUUCGACGCCAGCUUCUUCUCCAUUCUGCAGAACAUUGUGGGCACGGCGCUGAUUAUCUUGGUUGCUAUCGGCUUCAAGACCAAGCUAGCCGCUCUUACUCUGGUCGUGUGGCUAUUUGCUAUCAACGUCUACUUCAAUGCCUUCUGGACCAUCCCAGCAUACAAGCCCAUGCAUGACUUCCUCAAGUAUGAUUUCUUCCAGACCAUGUCUGUUAUUGGGGGGCUGCUUCUAGUGGUGGCUCUGGGCCCAGGUGGAGUCUCUAUGGACGAAAAGAAAAAGGAAUGGUAACAUCUCACCAGACCCAACACUGCUUGUAAAUUGUACAAUGUCUUGUAUGAAAACAGAGUCCUGGUGAAACAUCUGCCUGAAAGUUGUCCUCUAAACAUCUUGUGCACCGCAGAGUUCUGCGGACUGUAUGUGAUUCUUCGUCAUCGCUGAAAGUCCACCUGAGUGCGUUUGUCAUUAAUGCAGUAUCCUGUAAUCCUUUAUAGAACUAUUCAUCUCCAAUCUGCUUACCAGGCUUCCACCUGGUCAGCCAUGUUUGUGGUAGCUCCAUUUAAGGAGCUUAGUGGUACUGGGAUAGUUAAGAGACUCUGUGGCAGUAUACAUUGCAGUAUGUUUUUUGUCUGCAGCUUUUAGAUAUACCCUUUCAGUGCCUGAUGAUAAUUUCUAACGGAUAUAAUCCUCUGGCCUUGAAAGAGGAGACUGGAGGUUUAACAGCCUCAUGAAGUGUGCUAAUUCUAUGCCUUGCAGUAGUGGGAACAAUUACAUAACUCUUAUUCUUUACUGACAAAAUGCAGCACUGGUAUAUGCGUGUUCUGAAAUUAUCCUCAGUUCUGUAAGGCAAAGUCCUGUGUUCCCUUGUUAAAGUAUGGCAGUACAGUGCGUUAGAGUGCUUCGCUCGCUUUAGAUUAUCCCUUCCUAAGGGGGGGGGAAACAUGCUGUGAAACGCUCCUGGAAUUAUUGUCUGUUGUCUUUAAAUUGCGUAGAAGACCCAUUUUACUACAGAUUUAGGUCACAUACAUUUAUUUGCAAUAUUCUGCACAAACUGAAAAUUUCUUAAAAUGUACAGAGGUAUCCGCCCCCUAGGAACUUUAUAAAGAAGAUUUUAAUACAUCAUAAAGGUUGUAACUCUCUCAAACUUCACCCCAUGUCCUAUUAUAGUGCUAGGUCUUAAGUGUACAUCCAGCAGAUCUGAAAAGCAAGGGGGGGUGUUUUUUUGUUUAGUUUUUUUGAGGGAAGUAUUGAUUGUCUACUGUGCACAUUUUACAAUUCUCUUUUUAAAGUCUGUUAGUUUGUGCUGUGUUUACAGUCGUCACUGUGAGCUAUUAAAACAGAAGGAAACAUAUUUUUUUUUUGUAUUCACUACACAAUUAAUGUUACACACAUAGAAGUGAGACACAGAGCAAGACAUUUCCCCAUUUUUUUCUAAACAUUUAAUUACGGGUUUAAGCUACAGAUAUCCAAAUUUGAUGCUAUUAUUUAACAAAUAGGCAGCGUUUUUAUGAUUAUAUGAAACCAGUUAAUUUACAUGUGCUCAAGUUAACCCACAUGCAGAGGGCCUGUGAAAUCCUGCCCUGUUUACUGCCCAUCAAAAGGUUCGGAAUUCACUGGUUUUUAACAAACAUUGAGAAUCUUGUUACUUGUGUACCCAUCAAUGUGCUGCUAGUCAUGACUUAUUACAAUGGAAACCCCUCAUACAACAGUUCUGGUUGCUGUUCAUAUACCACUCAGUGCUGAAUUAUUCUUUUUUUUUGUGCUGUAAGAGAUUAACCCAUAAGCGGUACUCCAUGUAUACAAUCCGUAUGAUUUAAUAGUACCCUUCUUGAUAUGUGCUUAUAAGUUACCUUCAGUGUGUAACAAAUACAAAGUGGUUGUUCACUCACUAGAGAAGUGUUGUUGGAAGCACUGACAUCAGCCUUAGAUAAUCACUUAGGCAGUUCAUUUCAAAUGCAAAGUGGUCCAUCAAGGAAAAGGUGUGUGAUUUUGUUUUUUGCAUCUUCAUACAAUGUCAAUCUGUACAUCAGCGCUUGUUUGAUUGCCAAAACCAAUUUUAUACAGGUGGAUAAGGAAAUGACUUUUGAAAGCGCUAUUGUGUUUUGUUUUUUUUAAAUAUUAUUUAUCCUUUAUCUGUGCUGGUUUUCUAUGUCACACUGUCCUGCAAUGUGCUGCACGUCUAAAAUAAAGAUGGUUUAUACAAAAUGAUCUCCCUGUACUGCAAACUAGGUCUGGACUUGUAUGCGUUUUGUACUUCCGCAGGCUGCUUUUUAUUCCACACUGCAAGAUCUUCACAACUGUUCUGUAUUUGUUGACUAACCCUGAAAAAAUAUAUAUAAAAGUUUUUAUCAUUCUAUAAAA